AUGAGUCAGGGGUCUGCUGUUAAUAAGGAGCAUAUUGUGCGGAAGCGCAAAAAGGAUCAUAUUGAUAUAUGUCUUCACAAGGAUGUUGAACCGUACAGUAGUGGGAAAUCUAUAUGGGCCAUGUACCGCAUUCCUUAUACGGCACUACCAGAAAUUAAAAUGAGCAAAAUUGAUACGCGGUGUAAAUUUAUGCAGUGGACUCUGUCGUUCCCUUUUAUUAUCUCCUCCAUGACCGGUGGGGAGGAACAUGGUCGUAUUAUCAAUGAGAAUUUGGCCAAGGCUUGUGAGGCGGAAGGCAUAGCCUUUGGAUUAGGCAGUAUGCGUAUUGUAAACAGAUAUGCUUCUGCCAUAUAUACUUUUGACGUUAAAAAGUUUUGUCCCUCUGCUCCCAUGUUUGCUAAUAUUGGACUGGUACAGCUGAACUAUGGAUUUGGCGUUAAGGAGGUGAAUCGUCUAAUAAAAUGCGUCAACGCAGACGGUCUCUUUAUCCAUCUUAAUCACACGCAGGAGGCUUGUCAGCCGGAGGGAGACACCAACUUUGAAUCCCUGCUGGUUAAACUUGAAGCACUGUUGCCGCAUAUUACUGUACCAGUUGUUGUGAAAGGCGUUGGACACGGGAUAGACCGAAAGAGCGUGAUUGCGCUGCAGAAAGUGGGGGUCAAAUACAUUGACGUCUCGGGAUGUGGUGGGACCUCAUGGGCGUGGAUUGAGGGCAGGCGGCAGCGCGAUGUACCUGAGGAGGAAACCAUGGGAUACCUCUUUCGGGACGUUGGAAUCACCACGGACCGUGCCCUGCAGGAAUGUGCUUCUCUCACACGAUCUGGCAACCUCCAUCUUAUCGCCGGUGGGGGUAUUCGCAAUGGUCUGGACAUCGCCAAAUCUCUCAUGAUGGGUGCGGAAUGUGCAACGGCGGCCAUUCCGUUUUUGAAGGCCGCACUGGAGAGUCCUGAGAAGGUGCGUGCAAUGAUUCAGAAGUUUAAAAAGGAACUUAUUGUUGCCAUGUUUGCUUGUGGUGUGAGUACCAUUGAUGAGCUGCGAACAAAGUCCCUUGGCGUGUCGUCGUCGUUGUAG